AUGUUUUUGCGACUCGCCAGAACCAAGAUUGUUCGGCCAUCGGGCCAGUAUGCAGCCCCGAGGCUGGCCCGUGGAGUGGCCUCUAUGCCCCCCCGGCUUGCUCAGGUCGUGACCUCCGGACAGGAAUCCGGAAGCAACCAGCAGGGUCUCGAGGUGCCUCUUCGGGAUCCUGCCCACCGCAUCAUGCCCAUCAGCCAUCCAACCCAGGGCGUGGCCGGAUCGCCAACAGCUACAGCUACAGGUGCUGCUACUACAGGCUUGCCCCUUUUGGGCCAACAGGACGAGUUCUGGCGCAAGGUUCCCGUGUGGGAGAAUGUGUCGGCAAACGAGUUCCUCUCGUAUCGUUGGGGUAUCGCAAAUACAGUCCAGGGCGGCCCCAAGCUCCUGAAGUUCCUGAAUGCCGUCCUCCCGGACCACGUGCCUUACGACGGGGAGAGCACCCAGAUGCAGACGCGCGAUGAGCUCGUCAAGGAUGUCUUUGACGGCGUCACCGCUGCCACCAUGGCCAUCCGCAUAACCCCUUACAUUUUGAGUCGCAUCGACUGGAAGAAGCCCCGUCAGGACCCUAUCUUCCGGCAAUUCCUCCCAAUGAAGUCGGUCAUGCUUCCCGACCACCCUAAGCUCACACUCGACUCGCUGCAUGAGACGGCCGACUCCCCGGUCAAGGGCCUUGUGCAUCGCUACCCUGACAAGGCCCUCUUUUUGCCAACUUCCGUGUGUCCGACCUACUGCAUGUUCUGCACCCGCUCCUACGCCGUUGGCGCCGACACCGACACCGUCACCAAGGCGUCGCUGAAGCCAACGCGCAAGCGCUGGGAGGAGGCAUUCACGUACAUCGCCAGCAAGCCAGGCUUGCACGACAUCGUCGUGUCGGGGGGCGACUCGUACUACCUGAUGCCGGAGCACCUCCGGCUGAUUGGCGAGCGGCUGAUCAGCAUCCCCAACAUCCGGCGCUUCCGCUUCGCAUCCAAGGGGCUCGCGGUGGCGCCCAGCCGCAUCAUCGACGGGUCCGACGGCUGGGUCGACGCCCUGAUCGACGUGUCCAACCAGGCCAAGCGCGCCGGAAAGUCGGUGGCCCUGCACACGCACUUCAACCACCCCAACGAGAUCUCGUGGGUCACCCAGAUGGCCAGCCAGAAGCUGCUUGAGGCCGGCGUCAUGGUCCGCAACCAGACAGUCCUCCUCCGCGGCAUCAAUGACGAUUUUGACACCAUGUCGACCUUGAUCCGUAAGCUGGCCGACAACAACAUCUUCCCGUACUACGUCUACCAGUGCGACAUGGUCGAGAAGGUAGAGCACCUCCGCACGCCGCUGCAGAUGAUCCUCGACCUGGAGGCGCGGAUGCGCGGCUCCAUCGCCGGGUUCAUGAUGCCGCAGUUCGUGGUGGACCUCCCCGGCGGCGGCGGCAAGCGCCUGGCCUGCUCGCACCGGUCCUACGACCGCGCCACGGGCCUGUCGACCUACAUGGCGCCCGCGGUCAAGGGCCGCGACAAGGAGAACAGGGUCUACGAGUACUACGACCCUGUCGACUCGCUCGUCGAGCCGCAGGUGCUGGCCAACUAG